AGUUCCGCCCAGAGUCACAUCGAAAUACUAGUUGAGGCAGAGGAAGCGGCAGCAGACAAGGGACGUGUGUAUUGUGUACUUCUGUAUUCGUUUUACCACAGAUUUUUUAGCUAAAUAACCUGUUAGGAACUGACUGGAACCGAAGGACACUUAUUUUAAGCAAAAAGGUAAGUCUUCCAUCCGUGUUUUCGCGGUAGCCUUUUUCUAAUUUACCAUUUGCAGAUGUUCCCCCAUGCCACAGGAGAUUACCAUAGCUCGCUGGAUUUCCCAACCUGUUCACGCCGCUGCUGUCCAAAUAUAUCAUCGUUUGGUGUCUGUUGUCACCGUGAGAAACGUCAAAUAACCGCCGUUGUGUUGAAUAAAACACGUUUUUAACACCGAGGGGAGUUAACGCUCCUAAUUCAAUGAGCGCGAGCUCCGCGGCUCAGUUGGAAAAAACUGCAGCUCCGUCCAAUUGACUUCAUCUCCUCAACAGUGAUGAUGCGACAUCACGGCUACUUCACACUUUACAUCCUAUUCUGCCGGCCACUCGGUCGUAGGAUUCGUUUGUUUUCUAUAAUCUUGUACAUCGUAACUUAGGUUCUGACUUUUUAAUGAUAAAAUGGGGCCUAAUUCGCUGCUUUACAAUAGAAACUACCAUACAAAUGUAACCAAAGAAGUGUUAGCCGAAUAGCUCUCAGCUGGAUUACAUUUGUAAGUGAUUCACAUACACAUGAUUUCACCACUCCAAUCCCUGUAGGAGUGAGUGCAAUACUUAGCACCUACACUAAUUGUUGAUUACAGUGAAAUGUAAGUUGUGGAUUUAUUGGAGGAGGGUAUUCUUAUUAUUUUAGGUCGAGAUUUCAACCAGGAACUCUCAGGGAAAGUCAGCUCUGUGGUUAGUGUGGUGCUGUCUUUAAUGGCAAAGUAGAUAUUACUGAAAGAUGCUGCAUAUUUUCCUCAACCAUGUCUGAGUCUAGCAGAUCCGUCAUAAUAAAUCAGAUCAACCACAAUGAUCUAGCUUUUAGUGAGUGCUACACCAUCCAGACACCACAUGAUGGAUGACAAUGUCAUGAGUGGCCAUGCGAAGGUCACACAGGUGGGAAGUGUUAAAGAAUGGGCAUCAGGUGUUUCCCCUUACUAAAACAGAAACAUAUUCACGUAGAGAGGUACAAAUAAAAGGACACUGUAUUCUUCAAUAGUGAUAGUAAAAGAGACUAUAGAGAACAACAAGAACUCUGAAGUACCUGUAGUGACAGAAGGUUUGAAUAUACCAUGACAGAGAAGGUCAUGAAAACCUUUCUGUUAUCUCAAUAGACACAAAACAUUUAUGUGAAAGGACUCGUUUUCUCAUGCAAUAGAUAUAAUUCUCGUCUGUGUCUGAAAUGAAUCACUCAGUCCCUAACCUCUAACCCCCAUAUGGGGUUUCACUGUAUAGUUGACUAUGUAGUGAACUCAAUCACCAGAGGUUUCGGACACUACAUGGCAUGACGCAAUGCAUGACGGGAUGCCCGCCACCACCGGUGAGUGACCAUUGGAUGGUCACUACAUUUUGCAAUACUUUAUGGGAAAUUUUGAGUCGCCUAUAUAAGGCACUUGAAUUGAUCACUGAGGUUUCGGACACCCCUUAAAAUGGCGCUAACCCCCAUGUAGGGGUUAGGGAUCCAUUUCGGACACAGCCCUAGUCUGUUUUUUUUUUUUUCUCUGUGUUGGGAUUAAUUCAGGUGUUCUAUCUCCCAUGAUGCCCCCGACUGUGUCACAUGAUCAAGAAGGCAUGAGUAGAGCUUACACAACAAGCAACAGCCUUUGUUGAUAUUCACAACAUUGUUGCUCAAGAUCGUUGUCUAGAUGGACGUACCAACAGAUAAGAAACCAUGGGCUGAAAACUUCUUACUGUCUGUUGACCGGUUCAAAUGAAAGGGAGCAAGUGGAUAGUCGGCCCUCAGAGGUUUAUUGCCACAACAGGUUGAUUAUUACAGGAGAAACCUACUGACUAACUAAUAGGAGUGUCCAGAGUUGUUUAUUAAGCCACUCCGUCACUCCUGGCUUUUAUUUUUAGCCCUCUCUGAAUUCUUGAAUCAUACUUAUAUAGGUUUAAGUGGCUUAUCACAACACUCUGUUACAAAGCUAUCAGUGUUGUGUUUUUUUUUCACACUUUUUUCAACAUUAGGCAUCUGAGGGAGAGAACAAAAGAAGCAUUAGGCUACAGAACUGUACUUUUUAUUGCUGUUAUAUACUGUUUGUAAAUCACAUAAUGUACUUUCAGUAAGUCAGCAUCAAGAGAUGACACCAUAAAUGCCUUUCAGCAGGGAUUACAACAUAAACAUAAUUUAUCACAGGGAUUACAAAGUGUCUAAAAAGUGAGUCGAGCUCUUGUGUCGAGGAGGAUUUCCUACAGGAAAAGAAGGGAUGAAUGUCAGGGAAUAACACUCACUGGAGAGAUGGAGACAGUAAUUAAGCCACUGUGCUGACAGUCAGUCUGCCUUGUGUUCUCUCUCACCUCAGCAUUACUGUCGAUUUAUUCUGCCAGACCUGCAGGGCAAAACAUAACCUGUGCCAGCCAUGGUCCGACACUUGUGUUUUCAACAGCACAUCUGUGCCACUUUUUUGUUAACUUUUCAGUUUUUUGAUACAAAGACUUUAAUGUUUUUUGACAAACCACACUAAUGUUGGCACCGUAUUGAGUCUCUGACCCACCUGGGGCUCUGCUGAUGUGUUUUUGUAACUAAACUGCAUCUGUAAUUUUAGCUGUACUGGGCCUAGAGUUACAGCAAAAGCUUUGCACAGCAGCUUUAGGCUUUCAGGGCAAAAGAGCUGAUGCAUACACACCUCUGUUCCAGGUUAACGUCUUAAAUUUCCCUUGUCUCCUUCUGAACAGCAUACCUGUCUCCUCCCUAUAAGUCUCCCUGCAGGAACUUAUUUUAGGAUAGAUAUACUCUCUUACCUCCAAAUAAGAAACCGACCUGGGGACCAUGCAAUUUUUAGACCCUUAACUGCUGGAAUUACCUGCAGGAUCACGCCCCUGCUCGGUGGUGGGCUCUGCCUGUCUCUGUUUUCUAUAUCAGCAUCAGCAAGGAUAUCAGCAGGUGGCAGUGAGGCUAGGCAGAACACAGGUGGGAAGCUUGUUGAUCCAAAGUGUUGGAAACGAGCCAAGCUGGACCUCUGGAUGCCCUGGACUGUCCUUCAGUGCCGCCACUCAUUGAGGGUCAAAUAGUUCACAUGACUUUUUUUUUCCCUCUUACUGUAUAGUUUGAUUCGCAUAAACCAUAUAUUUCUAAUUUUCUCUCAUUUUCUUUGAGUUUCCAUUUCAGUCUCUUCUUUAUUCCUCGAAGUCAGAGAAAUUAUUCCUUCUGAUCCUCGUAAUGUCUGCAUGGUGCUCAUGUGUGCGUGAGAGAGAUGGUUAGUGAAGAACGAGGAUGUUCCAGCUCCCUACUGAGACCAAUCCCAUUUAGUCAUGGAUUUAAAUAACAAGUUCAAACUCAAACAAACACUCUUGUAAGCAGCACGUUGCAUUUCCAGUGUCUCACAAUAGGCCGUGCGCAGCAUGAAUAAUUUUAUACUCCACUGGCUUCAAUGGUCUGGGGAACAUCCAAGAAUGUUAAAUGCUUUGAUGGUAGUUAUUGUGAAGGAGUAAACAGCAGAUAUCAUCUGCCCAUGUGGUUUGAAUAUCCCCCCACUCCCCAGGAUCCUCCUUGCUAGAAGCAUUUCAGAGAGAGACUAUGGAUAAAGUGUCCAAAUCACCAAACCUGAAAUUUGACUUGGAUGGAUUUUGGCUGACUGUCUCUGUGUUUGUGUGGGUGUGGCUUUGCAAGUCGUGACUUGUGGGUGUUGCACGUGUGCUGUUGAUGCAUAUGAGGGGGAGAGAUAAGGGUCUGUGCCUUUUGAUGCUUAUUACUGCAUGGAAAGUAAAGGACAAUGGCUUUAGCAUCCUGGUGAAACCUUCAUAGGUUGGUUAUGAAUUCUACGUUGUUGUGUUGUUUAAUGCAUUGAAGUGAAUGACUUCAUGUAAAUGAUAGUCAAAAGGUCACUCAAUUUCAGCAGCGCCACAAGCUGAGCUGAGGAUGUCUCAGGGGGAGGGCUCCUGUGGUUGCCAAGGACACCGCCGACCUCCACGGCUAGCACUUGCAAGGAAAGGCGCCAGAGGAGCCACCUCUGUGUUUCUGCGGGAGAUUGAGUUGUCAGUAAUCAGUCAAUGUGACAGGCAAGCUGACCACAUGGACAGCACUAUUAGCGGAGGCUGUGUUCUUGUGAGGCAACAGGCGUCCAUGCACUGAUUCAUACACUAUGAAACACAUUCGAGUCAAAGGCCUCAGACGUCUCUGCUGUUUCAGCCUGUAGAGCUCUCAUGUGUCGGUGCUGUGUUAAUGUUUCAUGGAAGUGUGUCUCCUGUUUCGCACCCGAACCCAGCUUGUUGAACAGAUCAUGUGCGUGCCCGAGUGUUCGGGCUACACAGAUGGUCUCACUGCUGCCUCCACAGCUGCCCUUCGGCUGGUCUGUCAGUGGUCUACAGAUCCUGCUGAGCUUCCAGCAGAAUCAAGCUGGUCCAGAAACUUUUUCUGCUCACAUCACCCUGCUUGGACACACACACACACACACACACACUGACACGCACUAUGCAUCCCUCUUACUUUUUGUCUUCCUCUGUGCUUGUGGGCUCCAAUGAGCAUGGCAGAGGAAAUCCCCUCUAAGAGAGCAGCAGCCGGUGUAGCGUGGUGGAGUAGGGGCAGGUACUCUGUUAGCAGCACUGGGUGCAGGGCUGACACUGGCCAUUCACUCUUAUUUAUUGCCAGAUACCAGGAGCAGCUCAGUUAGAAGAGCUGGGUUCACACCUCUCUCUGGCCCGUCACAGUAAAUACAUCAGGAUUCAUUUGCCUCUUGGUGAGCCCCGUACUAUUAAAUUGUUUUUCUCUUUAUCCUGUCCUCCCGUCCCUGCCUUCCCAAGACGCGUUUACGCUUGUGAGAAUUGAUUUAUUGAUGAUGUGUGUCAUGUAGCUACAGCUAUCUAAAGUGCUGUCUGUAUUGCUCUUCUCUUAUUAGUCUAUUUAUCAUUGUAUGAGAGGAUCAGCUGCGGCGGUGCCUUGCAGGUUAUUAUGUGAAGUCAAGAGAAAGAUGAAGAACAUCAUUCACAAGCUUGAGCGUGGCGUGCAGAAAAGAAAUCCACUGUAUGCUCGCUGCUAUUGUUUAAACCACUUAUAACGUGGAAUUCAAGUUUAUCUUUUCUUUUGUUGUUGCGCUAGAUUUUAAAACUUAAAAUAAUAAAGUGUGUGAGCACAAUUGACUACUUUAUGAAAUCUCUAUUUAAGUAAAAUGUUGUGCUAAUGCAUUUGGGUGGUGGGAUUCCCCAGAAACACUGCUCAUACCGAUGUGGUGGUGCUUUGCUUUUGGUAACACCAUCUUGAUGAUUACUUUUAGACCCGUAAUACCACAUUAAUCUGGUUGAAGUAGUGUCUUUGGGUUGUGCCUUUAGUAUGUAUUCAUAACUACUGGAAUAACAUCCAAAAUGUUGAUGACUCACUCUGCAUUUGGGAGCACGAACCCAUUUCUCUCAAAUUUGUAUUCCAUUCAUGACUACACCACAAUCAAAUUACUAGCUUCUGUGAAGGCCAGUGAUAGUUUCCUCUAUGACAGAAACAGAAAUGUUUGAAGUGUCCUCAACCAACACCAGGGUCCUCUGAUGAUUCUUUAAGGUGAAGUCUACUUUUUUCCCUUGCACACGUCACGGUGACAGCUCACUUUUCUUGUCAACUUACUCUUCUUGCCUGCUGCUUUUUUAAUCCUCAUAGAAACUUAGAUAUGAGGUUUAUAAAACUUUAAUCUGUUUUUAUUUCUUACUAAAAUAAAAAAGAGUCUACCUCCCAUGAUGGUAGGAUAUAUUUACUCGAGCUAGGCCUGUCACAUAACAAAUUUUGCUGGACGAUAAUUGUGCUACAAAUUAUCGCCAAUAAACGAUAUUAUUGACACCAUUUUUUAAAUUAUAGAUAAUGAUAUUAUAUGGCAUAAUAAUGCGAGUACACCCUGUCAAAAGUGAUUAACUUUAAUUUCCACACGAGAACAACACUGGUUGUUUUCGUUGACUAAAAUAUUUCCCUUUUCUCCCACGACGAAGACGUAACGUUGACGAGCUAAACAUAAGUCGGAGAUGACUCAAAUGUGACGAGACGAAAGUGCGUUUACGUUGAUGGGACGAGACGAAAAUGACAAACAGAGUUGCAAAACUCAGUCAGUUAAACGCUAAACAUACAGGAGCAGCUUCAGUCCGCUCUGACAGCUCUCAUCAGCCUGCUGUGCUCCUCCAACACACAGACACACAUGCGCGCGCGCACACACACACAUGGAGUUUUGUGGUUGACGAAAACAAAACUGGUUUAAAGCCGAAAUAUUCCCACACUUGGGCUGUUGCGUUCGGUUUAGACACCAAAGCUGUCGUGUUCAUUCUGUUAGCUUGCUUUUCACUCACGACGCGCACUUGCAGCACUGUAUCCAAAAAGUCUGUGUCUGUGUGCCUGUGCGCGCCAGCCCCCUCGUGACAAAGACACUGAAUGACUGACAGGAGGGUUCACUAACUCCGUUCAUUCCGCUAUAGAGCCAACGCCCCCAGGUGCCGAGAACAAUGCGCAGAGUAAGACCUCUUCUCUCAUCCAGCGUGUUUGGUAGCGAGAGAGGAGGAAAACAAACGCACGUCAAUUAUCGAGGCUGGCAAAGUUAUCGACCUCGUUUUUAUUUAUCAAGCGAUAAGGCGAUUUAUUGAUUAUCGCGACAGGCCUAACUCGAGCCAACAUUUACCCUUCAUUGGCAAGUGGCAGGUGCUAGUUUCAUUCCCUAGCUUAGGGUAUGCCAUACAGGCGAUACAGCAUAGUAUCGCGAUAUUUUGUCUGGCGAUAUAUCGUAUUGUCUCCAGGGCUGUAAAGUCCUCAUCGACUGGUUGACUGAUUGGUCGAUACAUGCUUAAUUGACCAAAAUUCUGAUUGGUCGACUUGAUUUUUUUCCACGUCCAUUUACAGUCUAUGGUCAAUUGUAUCAGGAGGAACGUACCAAAUGCUAAUGGGGGUAUUUUCAGAGGUUUCACAGGUAACAGCCUGUCUGAGAACACCCCCCUUGUUUUCACCAUUUUGGAUUUGCCUAACCUCCUGCUCCUGGAGACCAGCCGGAGAUAGGAAGAUUGAAGAGCGUCCGCAUUAAUCAACGUUCGGUGAUAGCCAACCCCAUUAGUCGAUUUUGGUCCAAAAUUGCAGGGUUUUAGUUGACCAAGAAUUUCUUUGGUUGAUUACAGCCCGAAUCAUUUCAUCGACAAAGGACCGUUUUCAAGUCUAUGAUUAUGAAAAAAUUAAAAUUCAAUUUUUGUCCAGUCAGGUCGGCAAAGGUGACAUCAUAGGAGAAAGAGGAACAGGAGAAAGUUAGUAUGGCAAACAUGGCAACACCUGGGGAAGGACAUUAGGAAUGCUAGUGGUGCACAAACAAAAUGGACAUGACACAUGAGGUUUGCAAGAUGUGCCACAUGAAAAUAAAAUAAUGAGUUAAUAAGACAAACAUAAGAAAUAAAAUAUGCAAAGCAACUGAAAAAAGCACCCAAGUAUCGGGAUAAUCAUAUCAUAUCAUAUCUUGCGCCACUAGUGACUCCCACUACUAUAAUUGAUGGUGGUAUUGUUGUUGUGCUCCUGGCUAGUGUAACCUCCAGCUAAUCAACUGUUGGUCUAACUGUCUAAUCUUUAGACAUCUAUGAUAAAAGCGAAAACACACUGACUUCCAAAACUGAGGAUGCAGUGAUGAGGAAAAGCGCAGGGAUCACUUCUUUACUAUUAAACCAGACUAAAUCAAAUGCUUGAGUGACUCUGUGGGACCAUUCAGUCCACUGUAAUGAGCAGGAGGGAACAUGGAAGGAAUGACCCACAGCUAAGCAGACACAUACAAAUUUGAAGCCUGAGGUAUCACAGAAAUACAAAAUGUAUAAUGGCUACAUUCAUGUCCUUGUCCACCACAGCCUAAAGUGAAUUUCCAGUUUACCGGUGUGAGACAGCAUUUCACCAGUGGAAAAUAAGGGUGUUGGUUUCUAGGUUUGUAUUAAUGCAGUAAAUUUAUCCUGGCACCAGAAGUUAUGACGAAUAGUUUCAGAAACCGUAGUGCUGUACGUGUCCUCAGAGACUCCUGGUCAUGGGAGAGGCGAAGCAUGCUGAUGAUGUCAAUAGAUGUGUAACUGUAAAUCAAUACAACCAGAUUCUGCUCUCCAAUCUCAUAAGACCAUUAGCAGAUAAAGUGGCCCCUCUAGGAAUAAUGUAAUUCUUUAAAAGCCUGGAGAGAGUAAUGAGAGGGGUCCUGCUCUCACUGGACCAGCAGGAUAACAGAUUUGUCUUUAAUGUAAGUCUUAUUUGAGGGUCUUUUAGUCGUGUCUGUUUACACACGUGUUUACCAAGACAUCUAAUUACAAAUAAGAGAGGUUGUCCCUCAUCUCGUGUGAGGAAAGAGGUCAGGUUUUAUGUGAGUUAGCAGGGGCUCCCCUUUUUGGCAGGCAGUGUAGUACGGUGGCUCUCAUGUGCCAAUGAAUAUCUUUGCUUAUGAACCAGGCGUUUCUUCCCCAGCACCCAAACCCAUACACUGAAUAAUGCAGGUGAUGAAUAAUGAGUGAAUGAGGGUUCAAAAAAAAGGGGGGAAUUGUGUGGCUCAUUAAACAGAUGUUCAGAGAAGGAGCGCACUGGUUGGAUAGAUAGGUUGACUUAGGACACAAGGUCAUGACUCUCCUCCCACACACAAGUGCCAUCGGUGUGGGUGUGUGUGGGGGGUGGGUUUGUGUGUGUGUAUUAUAUCUAAUCCCCCAUCUUAGUACAACCUCUACAACAUUUUUAUCACUUGCAUUUGAGUUAUAGCUUGCCAGAGGCUCAGGAUAUUAAAUGUAAUAGUGACUGAGCGAGCCUGCCUUCAGAUUUGGUUUUCCAAAGGGGGGAUGAGUCAAUUAUAGUAAUGCAGUAUUUAGCAUUUAUUAGACCUUUUUAGUUCUGCAAGGAUCAAACAAGGAUGUGGGUAUUUCAGGGGGAAGAUUUGUUUCUCAUAAUAGCUGUCCUAAAAUAGCCUCCCUGUCACAUAGAGUUGCGCACUGUAUCCUUGUUUCUUUUGUCUUUUAAAGAUAUCUUCACUUUGACAUCUAUUCUGCGAUUGUCUGCAUGAAUUUCUGCGUGUCAACCGUUAUAUUAUCUCAUGAAUAAGCAGAAUCAUCGUGUCUCAAAGCUUGCCUAACCAGAUGCGUUUGAUAAACCAGAGGUGGGUGAUAUUUCACAUUUUGAGGCAGUGUUUUUUGAUUUGGAAAAAAAGAAAAAGUCUUAUUUGAUCGAGUCGUGAUGGAUAAAGAAAUCACAAAGAUGUCUCAUGAUCUUAUUGUUAUGAGAACAAAAGGAAAAGAUCUGUCAGCUUGUACAAGGAGAAUCAUAUGAGCUGUGAGCAGGAUGAUGGAGCCUCAGGAGAGCAAGCUGUCAGUUAAUUAAGAACAUGAAGCAGGGGUGAAUGGGAGUUUGUGCGGGUCUGCAUGCUGGUAUGUGUUUGCUGGCUGUAUCAGCAGAGAAUGAUAGGUGCAAUAGGUCAGCCUUUACAUGACUGAGGACAAACUCCAGAUCAAAUGUCCUCUCUUGUCUCUACUCUUUUUUUUUUUUUACCACCUGGGUUGUUAUUGACAUGAGGUGAAGAGAAAGAGGGAGGGGGUAAAGGAAACAUGAAGUGAAUGUAAUUCAAUUUCUAAUUUUCUUUCCAAAAGUCUCAGGUAAGAGCAACAAUCUGAAAAUGAGCCUUGUCACAUUCCAUUAGCCUCACUUCAUCAGGAUUGCUACUUCUACAGAAUGAGAGCUGUGAGCACAGGAUUGGCCUGCUUAUGAAAAGCUGAAAGAAACUUCUAGUACCCUUCUCCUGGAUGAAACAGUUUUCCAUUCAACAGCCGUUGCAUCAUCGUAGUGGUGACUGUGCAGGAACAGGAACAAUUUACGUCUGUUGAUGUCCCUAACAGCACAACACGCUCGCGCACAAAGAAGAGCCGCCAUGCAAGUUAGGAUGAGGGGUGAUCUGGAAUUUGUGUUGGCCUAUUUUCUAUUGUGAUGUGACGCCUGACUGAAGGCUGAGGCUAGAGGAUAGAGACACUUGUGUUCAUCUGUGAGUGGAGCUGUCAUUAAAAUAUAACAUUAUUAUAAUGUAAUUUAGCAGUCGCUUUUGUCCAAAGCAAAGUACAUUUGAGAGUUAGUACGACGCAAGCAAAGAAAUCAUAAAGUUAUUUGUAUUUUACAAAGAGCCACAGCAAGGUUACUGCAUUUCCUCGUGCUGGAGACAAUUUUUUUCAGUGGUUGUUUCCCCAAAUCUAAUGAAUGGAGCCUCUCAGUAUGUGUCCUGCUAAGGCUUUGAAAACUCCACUGUGCAACAAGAGCUGACAGAUGGAUAAAGAGUGCAAAAAUAAAUGAUAAUUUUCUUCAUUAGUGCACAGUUACUCUAGAGGGGUUUUUCUGAAGUUGAAGAAAAAUUGGAAACAGAUGCAGAUCCCUGUCAAAUCUCUUGAUACCUCAGUUUAUGACAGUAGUGAAAAUUCAAAUGUCACUUAAGCUUAAACUCUUAACUCAGAAAAGAUAAAAGGUCUUGUGAAAUAUCAAAAGAAACCUACUGUGAUAACUUGGUAAACAUCAAAGUCCCGCUAUUUCAUCAAAAACUGCAAAAAGAUGACGUUCAAUUUUUCAAAAUUAGAAAACUCAAAAUGUUUAUUUUUAUUUUUAUUUUUUUUUAUUUUUUUUUUGAAACACUGGAAAAAUUGCUCAGUGCCAAAAGAAAACACUUUUGGGAUAUCUCACAAUUACUGUCUUAGGUUUGCCAGCAUUUCUGGGAAGGGGUUGCAAAAACUCUGGACCGAUUUCAAGCAAGAAAUCCCAUUGGAUUUGCUUUAAAACAUUCAAACAAAUUUCAGUUUGAGUAAUAAAAAAUGAGAUGUUUUUGUUAACACAUCGGUGAAUCUGUUGGAUAGAGGUUAAUUAGUUGAACUUACAUAGAAACACUGAAAACAGGUCAUGUGUCUCGACGUUGACACCGAUUUUAGGCCAUAUUUUGAUCUCACUUUCACAUUUGUGUAAGAGUCUCUAGAGGUUGACUUCAUUCAACAUCCAGCUGCCUUACACUGUUCUUCACUUCUUUAACAUCUUGGCUGUGAAUCAUAUUGACUUCAGAAGGUGUCAAUGUGUGGCCCGGUUGGGAUUUCUGCCUUUUAUUACCAUGGCAAUAUAUCUGACGGACUGGCUGAGUCAGGGUCUCCAAAGAGACUCUUAAGGUAGGUUAAUGUGAGGUCAACACAGUGGCAUUCACUUGGGUCCACCUAUAGCUAAGAGGUCAGACCUGAAGCAUGGCCAUGAUAUGAAUGACGAUAACGCUGAAGAAACCUUAAGUCUUGGUUGCUAUAGCAAUAACAACGAAAAAAGCCCAAUUAAAGGGGCUAAAAGGAGGGUCACCAUCACAGCUGGGCUCCCAGCUGUUCAUCAUGCAGCCUGGCUGGAGUAGACAUCCUUGACGGCCCCACAAUGUGAUGAAGAAGGGUAGAGACAUGAAAAGAGAGUGCAUUGACUGGAGGAGGAGGAGGAGGAUGUGGGGAAAGGCGUUGGGGUUGUGUUCAUCGAUCGGUCUGCUGAUAUGGCAGCUACAGGACUCCUUUAUGUUGGCAGGGACACCCUAUGAACAUAGUGGUGUUUUGGCACUGAAAUGCAAAUCUGAAUUGUGCACUGUAGUGUUGAAUUAAAGGCUUGUCCUCUUUCUUCUUAAAGGUAGGAUGAUGCAUAUGAGAUGCGCGACAGUGUUUGCCAACAGGAGAGAAUAAAAGGAUAAUUACUAAAUAAGUUAUUCAUCAAUUUAACCGACAGCUUUCAACAUGCCUUUGCUUUUCUUUUAUUAAGUAAUCGUGUCGGCAUUGAAAACUCCCCUGCCUCUCAGGGAAAGCACUGACACUAAGCAAUCCUGAAAGCUGACCUUUGCUGCACAGAAAAGGCCUCGUGUGGUUUUUCACUGACACCAUUUGUUUCUGCUGUCAUUCGUUCGCCUCACACGGCCCUCUUUUCCCUCGCCGCAUGACAUGAUAUUCAGCACUGAUAUGAGACUCAGUUGGAGUCUACAUCCCCCUUAGAGAGACGUACCUGAGGAAUAGAUAAGGGAAAUCAUGUGUGAGAGCCAGCACAUAAUGCGCUUGUUGCUCAUCUGGUACUAACAGAGCUGAAUAGAACAGAUUCUGAUGUUAGAGACCAUUUGGGAGAUCAAUCCAGUGUAGAUGAAAGUCUUCCUGUCAAGGCCAAAGGGACACAUUCUACAUCAUCAGCUCCAUCAUCAGUCCGUCCCUCAUUCUCUUCCACGUCAACGACAUGGUGUGAAUACGGGAUCAAGACCACAAUCCUCACUGAUUGCAUAUAGAAUUUCCCUCCUGUCAUCUGGGACCACUUGUGCGGCGUUUCUGCUCCAAUUACACUAAGCUUUGCUGUCAAGUCUACUGAUCCAACAUGGCUCUUUGAGUCUCCAUGAUUGGCUUGUGGUAAAUGUUGUUGAAUGUCUUCCUAUUUCUACCACCAUCUCUUCCCCAUGUCUACUUUCCUCAUUUCUGUCUCUUGGGGAUAGCCCAGUUUAAAAUAAACACUAGCAACCAGCUUCGUCUCUAUGGCAACAGCUGCACAUUCUGAAUGGUAGAGCAGUCACAGAGAUGCUGGGAAAGGCUAGGAAUGGUAGUAGAUGUUCGUGAAGAGACCCGCUGUUCUCUCAGGGGUUUGAUAAAAGAUUACAGGUCUGUAGGAAUCCACUUUCUUUCCAGUGACUGCAGGAUGAUUGAGGGGGAAUGACAGGAGUAAGUUGACUUGGUUAUCAAGCAAAAGGGGUCAGUGGGGUUGGGCUAUGAGAGCCCCCCAGUCAGAUUUCUAGUUGUUUUAAGCUCAGCCUGACCCCGUCUCUCUUAACACCUCGAUUACCCGGCUAGCCGACUACAAUUAAAGCAGCUUUUACUUCCCUCCAACUUUCUGUGACAGCCUGAGGAAGUGUUGGAUUGAUCCGGCCAAUACGGUCAAGCAUGCAGAGUAUUUGUUUUUCUUUUCUCCUUCUCACUUGUCUAAAUAUUAUUUAGUUCCACCACUGAGCCGGAUUUGUCAGCAGGGAUUUGAUCGGGCAUGUUUUCACUCCCCAUGCUGAUGGCUUAGUACUUCCAACACUCGAUGUUGCCGCAUUUUUUUUCUGACUGUUUUAUGUAAUUUGAGGAUUGAGCUCAGUUGUUCCCAUCUGCCUCCCUGCCUGUUUCCGAGCAAGAUUCAAUCUGUUGCCAAAGUAGGCUGACCUUUGACCUGGUUCAUGCGUCAUUAGACAGCUGUCUGUUCAAACCUAUGUCAGGCCAUCAGAGGAUGAACUGCUGGUAACACAGCAGUUCAUCCUUUUGAAUGACCUCAAAUUUACACGUACUUCCUGCUUUGUUUUCUGCGAACAUCAUGGCCAGCUAGCCCUGAGGGUCAUACCAGCAUCUCAAGGUCGUUUCAAAGGACCACUUUGACUCAGAGAGUGAAGCUGCUGCCUCCCCACUCUGCUUGUCUCUUGUCAGAUUGGGUUAACUCCAGCCUCUUUUUUUUAGUUGUUAGCAUUAUGCGCAUCUCUUCCAUGAUAAAUGCUAUCUUGCAGGUAGGGUUGGCUUUGUCUAUCCAUCGUAAGCACUGACCUAGAAGAGACAGAGGCACCAUCUGCUGUUAUGUGCAACAUGAGCCACUCUGGGCAGAGCCAGGUAAUUCAAUACCACUUCCUGUCCUCUCACCUUGUGCAAACAGGCAAGGCCCAAGAUGUACCAUUCAUAGUCAAACUGCGGGGGUGGAGGCGAUUUGUUUUGUAAUUAUGUGCAGGGACAAACGCACCGCUUCAAGGAGAAAACAAACGAGGUGGGCUUUAGAGCUUCUUGCUAAACCUGACCUGAUUCCGCAUAUGUGUGCAGACUACACGCACGUUUGCCUACCAUCUGUGUGGACUACUAAGUGUGACCUUUCCCUGAGAAUAUAUGAGGAAUUUGCCCCCUAUUGUUCGCAGCUCUUGUGUCAUCAUUUGCAUUCCAAUAUGAAGUCAGAAAGACAUUGCACUGGCGUGUAUGAAGAGGAGUUGUGUGUGUGUGUGUGUGUGUGUGUGUGUGUGUGUGUGUGUGUGUGUGUGUGUGUGAGUGUGAGUGUGAGUGUGUGUGUGUGGGAGGGGGGGUCUUCACCAGCGUCACCGCCGUGGUCCUAAAUCCCUCAUGCUUGUAUCAGUUUAUCAAUCAAUCAGUUGAUCAGUUGUUUUCGCUACUAGAUGCAGAGUUACAAAACACUUAGGGCUUCUCGAUUGAAUAUUGUGAUCAUGUUAAUCUCAGUUUUGCGACAUUAUGAGUUAAUAACUGGGAUUUUAAGGUAUUUUCCAGUCAAAGCAGGAACCCUGACUAUGUCACCCUGGACUUUGGGAAACUGUCCCUCCCAUUUUUUCAUCGUAUUCUGAGAUUUAGUUGUCUAAACUAGAAGACGCUUAGGGUCAUUGUCCUCUACCCACCUGCACCUCGGAUUUAACUCCUGAAUACUAACAGUCUAUAACAAACAGCGGAUGAUACAGACCACAGCCCUAUUUGAACCAUUAAUACCCUCUGGUUCCCACAGAUCCUGAGACACUGUUGUUGCAAAAUCCUACACGUCUGUUUUGGUCACAAUAUAGUAGGGAUGGGCAAUAAAUUAUUGUUCACAAUGAAUCGUCAGAAAAAUCCUCCAUGAUAAAUCUUUGCCAUCUCAUGAUCAAUACGAUAAAUGCAUAUUGAUGACAUAAGCGUGAACAACGGACUCACAGCCAUAGCUUAUAUAGAGCAGAAUAACAAACAAACAUGGCUGAAGGUAAUGAAGAAGACGUUUCUGAGCAGCUUGUUACUGAACGAGGCUCCACAUGAGGGAUUUCCUUCAAGAUUGGGGUUUAGUAGCCUGGCUGGGCCAUCCUGUUGCGUGAAUCACUUGCUGUUCCUUCACACAACAGUCGGCAGAAAUCGUUUAUAUCCGACGUUUUCUGCAGAUCUAAAAGAUUUCUGCAGACUUUGCAAAGUCAACUGCAGAAUUAACAGCGUUCUGAAUGAACGGCGCUUUGAAAAGUCCCGUAGCAUGUGUUAGACGUCACCAUCUACACAUGGACCAAUCAGGGGCUGCCUUUCCCUGUUGUCCGGGUAACAGUGGAAACACAGUCACUGAUUGGCCUGGUUAUUUUCUGAUUGCUAAUACACGCUCCCAAUUGGCCAAAGUCCAGACUGUUGUGUGAAAGAACGGCAAGUGAUUCAUGCAACAGGAUGGCCCAGCCAGGCUAGGGGUUUAGAUGAGUGAAAUCACCUGACAUUGGACAGUGGAUCUGCUGCUGUUCACUCAUUGAAAAUGUUUUCACAUUUGAGACUUGUCUGAUGUCAUUAGUUUUCUCCAUAACCUACCACUUCAACUUGUGGUUCAGUAUCUGAUUUGACCACUCCAACUGGUGUUCUCAAGACAAAAUGAGUCAAAAAAUAGGUUGGAAUUAUAAAUAUUUUUAUUGGGACUUUUAUCGUUAUCGCCGAAAUGGCAAAUCUUAUCGUGAUAAUUUUUUUUAGUCUAUAUCGCCGACCCCUUCUGCUCCCCAGUUAUCUCAGAAACUCCUCAAUUCUUUCUUUGGUCCAUUGAGUUUUGUUCUCCUUGGUUCAUAAAGGUGUCCUCUUGUGUCUGCACCAAAGCCACUUGGAGAGACUCUUUUUUUGUUUGUUUGUUUGUGUUUUAAUGUCUUCCAACGCCUGAAGACCCAAACAGCUGAUCAAUGUGCUGCAGGAGGUUAGAACAUGCAAGUGUUGUGUCAGACACCAGUUUCAAAUAUGGAUGGGCUUUCUUACAGCGCUAACACAUUUCCAGACUGAGCAAACUCUUAAAUACAGACCAGUGCUUUUGUUGGAGUCUGUUCAGAUGAGUGAAAAUACAUGAUGUAGCUGUUUUCCUCAACGAGCAGGUCCAACAGACCAACACCCUCUGAGGCUGAUACAAGUGCUGCUGAAAAGUACCUCAUAAAAGCUCACUUGUGAAAAACGAAGCUAGCCCUUUAAGUCUUUGGUUUCAGGCUUGAGGAAGAGUCAGCUUAUAUAAGCACACGAUAAACUAAAUCAUAAAAAGAAUCGUUUUAAUAAUCGAUGAUAAAAAAAUAUAUACAAUGGCGUCAAACAAGAUGGUGGAUUCAUUCUUGACACUUUUGGUUUGUAGUUGAGAUUUUUCUUAAAAAAAAACAGAAACAGCUUCAUCUCACUUUCCUCGGAUGAACUCACUUCAAUGAUUCUUGACAUUAUUGCUGUUUAUGCACAGUGCUUUCACAGUGUUCUCUCUUCCUUCUUUAACAGCGGAUGUUUUUUUUCUCUCUCUCUCUCCUCAGACAAGGUUGUUUACAGUAACGAGACAAGAAGAUGGAUGAGUUGCAGGAUGUACAGUUGACUGAGAUCAAGCCGCUGCUGACCAAUAAGGUGAGUUUUAGGAAGGACAGUCGAGUGACCGGCUGCUGGGUAACAGGCACAGAAGUGUGCACCUGAAAUAACACGAAGAACCACUCAAUGAAAUGAAACAGACACCUUAAAGUGAAUGAAUGAUCACCCUAUAUGAUCUCACUAGGCAAAUACAUACGCUAAUACAGCAGGCAUGCAGACUCCGCAGUCCCUCUCAUCAAAGUGAAUUAUUCAUAUCUGCUCGACUGUUGAGAGGAGAAAGAAAAGAGGGGCAAGAGCAAGUCAAGAGAAAAAAAAGAGGGUUGUAGACGGAAUGAGGCAAGAGAAGAAAAAUGUGGGGUGGAUAAUAUAAGAAAUCCAGAGAGUUAGUAAAAGUGUUGAGCAUACAGGGAGGAAAGAUCAAAGGAGACGCUGGAAGAAACUCAUCUCUUUAUUUUCACGAGCUUGAAAGAAUUCACCCAGAGAGAGAGAUGGCAGAAACGGAGAGAAAACAGUGCAGAGGAGAAAAACCCAGGAGCAGAUCAAAGCUUCUCCGCAUCCUCUGCCUCCUCCUUGUCCUCCUCAUCUCCUGCCCAGCCCCAUCUCCAAAGCUGAUUAGCCACUAAUAAUUACUUUGUUCUGUGGAUUCAUGGGAGUGUUUGUUUCCUCUCAAAGGCAACUGUCACAGAUAGACAGACAGACAGACAGACAGACAGACAGGAGGGUACAGUGCCUCAGAGGAAGAGUGAGUAAUGAUGAAUCAGGUCUGAGGGGAGGGGAAGCCGAGGAGAUUGUGUUGCUACAGUGUUGGUCUGAAGAAUCAGAAGGAGCAUUUUCCUCCUUGUUGACUCUUUGUUGCAUCACAUACAGGUUUUGUGUUUGGAUAGGGUAAAUAAUAUAGUUAGAAGUAUCUUUAAAUUAUUUGAAUGAAGGAUGCUGGGAGUGAGCUCUCAUGCCCCCUAGUGGUUAGCUUAGUCGACAAAGCAGGAGUCUUCAAGCACAUGCAGACACUGACAUGAUAAACAGUGAUGAUGAUAAAGGCCCAUCAGAUCCUGUUUAGAGAUAAUUAUACUAUGUAAUGACUUUCAUACAGAUAAUAAACUUAUCAGUGAUGCAGUCAGGUUGAUGCGGGUGAACAGCACUGGAUGCAGCAGCAGUACAAAACCUUUGGGAACCUGUUGAAUGGCCUUAAACAAAGAUAAUCGUGCACAGGAUUAUAUUUGAUUCUAAUAUCAAACAUGUUUAAAAAAGCUGUUUUUUUUAAACUCUUCAUCAAGUGAAAGAGAUAGCUUAACAAUAAAUGAAACAUGUUGAAGUUGUAGUGUGUGAGCUGCACUAGAACUUCAUCGUACUUAAAGAGGACUGGUACAGUCUGUGGAAAGACACAUUGUCCUGUGAUUUGUGCUUCUCUGCUAUUUUAGUAAAACAAUAGGAGAGCACUGAAGGCAUUGUCUUUCUCUACACCCAUAUGCACCCUACUGGUCUGGACUUCAACUGUGUCCCAGCUGACUCUUCUCUGUUGUUGCUGCCCACCCUCAUUUCACUGCCUGUUUGUUCUGGAGCUUCCUGCUGUCUGAAACAACAAAACAAAACAGACCAACACAGGCUGUGGGACCGUUUCAUGGGAAAACCGCCGCUUUUGCUGCUAUUAUGUAGUGUGAUACUGAAAACCAUUUAGGUCUCUACAAUUAAUCCCAAUAUCAUAGUCAUUGUUGUAGCAUGCCCAGUAACGAAAUCAUAAAGAUUGAUUUAAUCGAGGAAAUGUGCACAUGAUAUAGGUUCACUCUCGACUCAAACCUCUCCCAACAUCAUCAAAUUCACAGCUUUAAUAGAAACAGUUUUUGACUUCUCAUAUAUGGAUGCCGUCUGUGUGAGCCUUUUGUAUAUUUCAGCUGUUCUCUUUUCUCUGUUUUGCAGAAUGCACGCAACUUUCAGGAUUUCGACUGCCAGGUGAGUAAUUCUCUCAGCUGCUCUAAGCACUGUGCUGGUGAGAGAAGAUGCUCAUAUGUUACAGUGAAAGGGAAUUGGGGUUUUGGGACAUGGCCCCAAUCUCACAUCCCUAGCGCUGAACCCAUUUGUUUUCUUGCCCUACAUCACAGGCAACAACAAGUUUUGCCACAAACCAUGCAUACGGGAUGUAGAUGAAUCAAUGAGACGCUUACACAUGUUCUGUAUUUACUAAGGUGACCGCUUUUUAUCCAAGUGUGUUUGUAAGGUGUUUAUUUUGCAAAAAGGACAAAGGUCUUUUUACAAAUACAGUGUGUAAACAGUGUAUGUUUGAGCUCAUGUAAUUGUAGCAAUGACAAAGUGACAAAGCAAAUAAUCACAACAGCAUUAGAUUAUACAACUCAGAGCACUGAAGGAGGUUGGAAAAGAUUAUAUAUUUGUAAUGAAAAUAUGAAAUCUGAUCUUGUCAUUGCUCACCAUUUAGGUUGAUUACAGCUCAGUUACACACGUUGGUCCCAGGUUUUCCUUGUCUUCAGUAGACGAGUAUUUGCUGUGGAUGAUUUACUCUACAAAGAAUGAUUUUAUUUACCCUAUCUUGUGCAUGGUUUGAGUCACUUUUACACCAAAGGCCUGCUGAUGGUGUUUGAAAAUCAUUUGUGCUGAUAAUUCCUCAAGUUUGAAAUCAAUUCAGAGACUUAAAGACAUAGUUCAGGUUAAUUGUGUGUCUGUUUGAUUUUUAGAUUAAGUGGGGUUGUACAAGAUACUCGGCAAAGGUAAAACAUUGGUGAGCCUGAGAACUGGAAUCAAAGCUAAGCUACCAACCACUACAGACGGGGCCAGACAAUAAAGCUAAUAUUAAAAAGCUUAAACAAAAACUACUCCACUUGGUGUUGAGCACUGGUCCAUCAAUCUCUGAUGUUUGCCACCUGAUGCUGAGCUGAUAGUGACACAGAAGAUCAGCUCAUAGCCUAUACAUAGGGCUGAUAUCAGGUUGUUUUAAUUUUCAUUUGACGAAAAACAAAAACUUCAUAAGACUAAAGAAUGAGAAACCAACUUUAGAAAAAAUGCAAGGUAAAUAGCUGGGUAAAUAAAACAAACCCACAGCCUGAUACAUGCGGUUAUUCUGGCCAGUUAUUCUUUUUGCUAGAUUUUUAAUAAAUUCAUAGCAUAGAAAAUACACAUGAUCAUCCUUAAGAUUUCAAGCAUCUAUCAGCAGUAAUCAGCCUGUUCAAGUGGUUUGUUAUUCAGUCGGUCUGUCUCUGGUGUUGAGUGCCCACUCUGUUUGUAAAUUUGUCCAUGCCUUAUAGGGGUGGGAAUCACUAGUUGCCCCACGAUACGAUAUUAUCACGAUACUUGGGCCACGAUUUGAAAUUACUGCGACUUUAAACAGUAUUUAACAGUAUUUUAUUUUCAUGUAGCACUUCUUGAAAACCUCAUAUGUCAUGUCCAAUUUAUUUUUCCAUUUUUAUAUACUUGACUCCAUAUAAGCUGUUAAUUUGAAAAAAAUCGAUACUUGGUGGAUGAGAUGAUAUGAUAUAUCCCCAGACAAAAUAUCGUGAUACGAUGCAGAAUCGACCUUUUUCCCACCACUAAUGCCUUACUUUAUUGGCAUAAGCCCAUUCAUUCCUUUUGCGUAUUUCUUAGAAACUAUGCAUUGUGUUUUAACCAACUAUUUGCCCAUGAUUUACCAGUAACUGAUUUAUUGUGAGAUUUAUUGUCAUCCCAUCCCAGUUUAAACACCAAAUGACAAAGAUUUCCUGGUGGGCACAGCAAUGGCUGCAGACAGUUUUCCCAUGUUUUGAUCAAGUAAAUAUGCUGUACAGAUAAUGGGUUAUGUCAUUGUGCAGUAAAAAAACAAACAAUAAGAGCUGAACACCAUACUUUUAUUCUGUUAGUGUGGUAUUCUGAUUUCACGCCUGGAUAUAACAGAAGGUUGGUAUUAAACAACAGUGUUCAGUCAGACAGGGGGCUCCGGUUCAAGAGCAUUAGUUUUCUUGUUUCAUGGGCAUGGUCUCGGGUAAUUUAAAUUUCUCUUGAUCUCCAGGUUUUGGUUGUAUUUUUGUCUGUUUUGAGACCUCCAGUCUCAAACAAUGUCUUAGUGUGUCGCAGGUGAGAAUCUGUGUUGUUUGCAAAUAAUGCAGAAGUGAAUGGGCUUUCUGAUGGCAACAUAAAACAUCACAUUUGCAAGAUGGACCAAGAUGAGUGCAUAUGUUGGAGUCUCUAAAUGAGGUGGUGGUCCCGACUGUAUCUGCAGAAAACUGUAGCCCAGCUUGCAUGUGGUUCACCCACAGUUUUGAUUUUGAGAGCAGAGCUAGCUGGUAGUCAGUGUGUCUUAUACACGUACUAGUGUCAUAUAGCCUUUUAUAACCUUUAUCAGCAGUCUAAUUUGACCAUCUACUCUCUCCCAAAAAAGUGAGCGAAAAAAAAGAGAGCAAAAGACGAAACCUCAUUUUUAGGAGUGGAAAUUUCUUCAUUUUUUUCUCGGCUUUUUAACCACCUCACCAUGUUUCAUGCGGUAUCAGGUGUUAUGUUUUCUGGUCAUGGUGUAGAUUUAAUUCCUGCGAUAUGAGGAGGUGCUUUUCUUUGCAGGAGAAAUGUCAGAGAGGGACCUUCAUUAGAAGUGUUGACAUUGUUAUAGGUGUCUGAACCAGCAUCUCCACAGUGGAAUGUUUGUGCUUGUCCUUUUCACAGUAAAGAUCUCAGCCAUAGCCGAGUCUUUUUAAUGUGGUAAUGUAGAAAUAAUGAUCAUUACGUAAGAGGGGGUAUUGUCCCUGAGCGGGCACUGUUCCAGAUACUUGCCUUUGAUGGUGUUACUCAAAAAAGGGGAUAGCUGCCCUUCGCAGCUGUACUGUGCAAUUAGUAUUUUCUUUUAAGGAUUCUCUCACAUGAGGGAGGAUUUCCCACAGGCAAGCACUCAGCUCUUUUUCAUGAGCAUCGUGGCUGCAAAGGGUUAAACCUUUCAUCCCUCUCUCACUUCUGCAGUCACGCCGGCUCCCAGCAUCCCACCCUUGCUAAAUAUAGCUGCUGCAGGCAGGGGAGGAGAGUAAAGCAUGUAAAGCUGGAGCGAGCAUGCUACAUCCUCCCCAGCGUCCAUUCUUGUCUGCAUCUUGUUGCAGUAGUACCUUAACAACUAUCAAAUACUGCACUCAUUUGGUUUUUUAAUCUACCUUUUCCUGUUCAUCCUCUUGAGAAGCAAGAAUUUCCUGCUUUAUGAGAGGAUGAAAAAAUACGCUAGUAUCAGUGGUAUUGGGACAUAUUUGACCUUAUAUAGAUGGCAGCCAUUUUGACCUCACAGACAGACUGACUCUUUGAACCCUUUCUUGAGAGUUUUUCAUAAAUUGAAUUCUUUUUAACAAUAAAGUGAGAACUUUGGAUUUAUUUUGAACUCUAAAAGGAGAAAAAGUUCAGGUGUAGCCGUUAACUCUACCAUGCUUGACACAGUUUAGCUGCUCCUGUGUUGUACAUGCUAGUUCACUGCGGGGCUGUAAUGGUUUCCUAAGACUCCAGAACAGAGCACUUCUUACGUUUAAGUAAAACCCCUGCUUUUUCCAUGACGGGUGAACCUGUGGAGUGAACUUCUGUGGUCACAAAUCCAAUGACUCAUCAGUUGUUGCACAGGGGUACUGGCAGCUUUAAAGACAUUGUGCUCUUGGGUUCAUUAGGGUAGCAAUGUCAUGAAAAUGGGGGUUAGCUGCAAUAUUGAGCCAAAGCUUUAAUAACAAAAAAUAGAUAUAGGUGUUGUUGUUUUUUUUCCACAGCAGAGAGAAAAUAUGAAAUCACAGGAAUGUAUUGCGGUUUAAUCAAUAAUUUAUGCGUGCAACUACAGAGAAAGACUGAGCCUGUUAGGACAUCUGUUUUAUGGAACAAGAUGUAUAAUUUAUUUUUUAGACUACCGCUCUUACAUACUGUAGAUUUACACUACAAUAAAAAUGGGUUUACGUGCAGUACAAGGCAUUAUAGCAGACUUCCCAUGAAUACAGUCUGUGAGUGGGGGAGGGGUCCUCGCCGCUCGCUGCACCAUCACUCUGAACAGCCAGUGUGACAUUCCAGCAGCUGGAGGACAAAUCCAGCUGCUCUCCUCUUUGUUUCUCCGCUACCAAAGCUCCUACCACAGGCGGCUUAGAGGUACUGCAGCAGUCCAUGUUAUGCACCUGUAUGUGGGGCAGCGCCGGUGAAUGAUGCUGGCGGUGAGCGAGGAGAACCAAGACGUUAUGGUGCUGCAUUUUUGUUUCCCUUAUGAUGUCUUGCUUACACCUCUGUGAAAUAAGGAUAGGAGGAAGGUGUGAGUCAGCCUCCUCCACCCAUGGGACCUCCUGUGUGUACUUAAGAACGCCGAGUUUCUUUCUGGGCAUGGAAAACAGCUGACUGUACACUUUAAAAAUAGAACAUCUCAGGGUGUUAGCUGUGAGGAGAGGAGAAAAAAGAGAGAGUUUCCACUGACUUGGACUGCUUGUGAUGCUUUCUGUAAUGUGUCCAUUUUUUACCAUAUAUUUUAAUCUUUUUUUACUGUUUAAAUAGAUUUUUCUGUGUAUUGUCUGAUCAUAAUUUCUCAUUUAGUUAUCACCUUGUUUAUUUUGUCUACUUAAAGGGACAUCCAUUUUCAUGCGAGUAAAACUACAACACAAAGACCACUAGAGACCUGUCUUAUUUAUUGUUAGUUACACACAAAUAGCUGCUCAAGUCUUUCCUUUGGCUGUUUAAACCUUCCUUGUCUCAAUUAGGACAGCAGAGGGCGCCAUAAGCCCAUUCACUGCGUGAAAACUCUACUGUAUUUUGUGGAGCGUUUCAGUGCACAAUGCUUCUCUUGUUAUUAGUCACGGGUCAAAAAUGCUCUAAAAGUAGACUUAGAGGAACACAUGUUGCUCAAUUAUGGAAUAAAACCGGAAAACCGUGUCAUAUGGUGAAUUACCUCAUACUAAAUGGUUUUUAGAUUUGAGCAUUUUUACAUCAGCAGCUUCAGAUAAACACCUUGGACUUUGUCUGCUGAUAAGGACUCUGUAUCAAUUAGUAAAGCUAUGCAAUGACACCAUCACUCUGUGCCUAUACGACUGCUCAGACUGCAGAGUCCUGCUGAGAGGCACAGUGACUCAGUGUAUAUUGCAGAGUCUCCUGUUCUGAAGAGGAAACAUUGUCUCACACACACACACACACACACACACACACACACACACACACACACACACACACACACACACACACACACACACACACACACACAAUGUUAAUAACAUGCUCUCAAUAGUCAGACAUGAAUAAUUGAACACCAUACUUUACAACAAGUCAUGUUCUUCUCACCACUUGUGUUCUUUGUCACAGAUCUGUGGGUCUACAUUGUAGGGUUGAGAUUUUCUAAUCUGCAUUAUGUUAAUCUUCCAUUCUGUAUUUCUGUAUUUCAAGUGUUUGUAUCUCCAAAUGUGUUAGUGGCACCAUCUGUGGGUAAAUAAAGCAAACAUGUAGAGGAGAAAGAGCAGUUCUCAACCAAAUAUGCUGCAACAUCGACAGACCAAUGAAGCUCUCUGUCGAAUUGUUGUCCCACCCACUCUUCUUGUUAGGGUUGAUGCCAUUGGCUGCCGAAAGCAGCCAGUCUCAGAUAAAGGCGUGACAUUAUACACUGUUGUGCUGAUGACAGAGGAGAGUAGAACAAGAGAAAUCAAUAAACUAUGUGGAUCAAAUGACUCAAAAGCACAUUCAGGGGGGAAAUGGAUCCUUCCAUGUCCAGUUGUGAAUGUUGACUAAAAAUAGCAGCUAGUUGUGGGUUCAUGGACCAGAAGUUCAAACCUCAGUAGUUCAGAGAUUGCUGUAGCUUUAAAAGUAGAUGUCUGUUGUGUUGCAUUAUGAAUGAGUUUUUGGUUUGGUCUUAUUGAAUGUGUUUGACUCAGUUCAAGUCUUGAACGAGGCCUUUAUUUGAUGACAUUCUUACACAGUUAUUUGGAUGCUAAGAUGAAUCAUAUACGACUUAAAUCUUUGGCAAGCUGAAGGGUAAAUUGUUGUCAAAUCUUAGUGAUUAGCAGCCAUUUUGCUAACACAGAACACAGCCCAGGGUGCGCUGUCAUAGUCAGUCUCCUCUCCUCCCCUCUUCCCUCUCCUCUCUAUUUUAUCACUAUCAUUGUGUGACGUAAGCAGCCUGCCCAAUUUUCAGGUCUGCCUCAGCAUCCUUUGCACCCCAUCACCCCUCUUCCACACAGCCCAUCCCUCACUUCCUACCAUUACCCUCUCCUUUUCCCUACUCCCUCUACAAGCCCCACCCUCUCCCUCUACCCACCUGACCCUCUGCAAUCCAAUUAGAGCAGCAGUGACUGGAUGUAUGAACGCGCUGUGACUACCAAGCGCAAACUGCAGUCUCACUCUCCUCCCCCUCUGUCUCUUCUCCUGCUCUCUUUCCCACCUCUUGUCUCUUGUCUCUCUCUCUCUCUCUCUCUCUCUCUUCUUCUCUCUGCAUCUUUUCCACCCCUCCUCUGCUGCUUCCAUUCAGAUUAUUUACCCAUAUCCUGAUCACUCCCCUCUGCUGUGUCUUUCUCCUCCCUCCCCUCCUUCUCUGUUGUCGCUGCUACUCUAGCUGCCUCACCCUACAUCCCUCCCUUCCUACCAACGCUCCCUCCUUCUCCUCCUCCUUUUGGAGAUCUUUAAAGCUGACCAGCACACACUCGCUCACAGCAUAACACACUCCUCUCCUGCGUGGGAAAAAAACAUGUCAGCUAUUCUGGACCUGGACCAGAUUGCAUGCUCUGGGAAUGGAGUGGUGAGUGACAAAUGUGCCUUGCCUGCCUUGACACACCUUGCUGGUUCCUUGCAGAAGGGGGCUCUGGUUCAGAUUGACAUUAUGGGGGAGGUUGUGGAUCUGUUUCCCCACAGAUAGGGAGACAUCAGCAGGCUCCAGUGAAGGACAAGCUGAUGGUGGGUUUUUUCCUGGAUGGCUUGUCACCACCUUUAGCAUGCAGCUCAUACUUAGGGCUUUUUGUCUCUAGGCAGCUGCUGGGUUGGGGUGAACAUUUGCUCAGUGUGCUUGUGUGUGUGUGUGUGUCUGUGUGUGUGUUUAUGUGUGUGUGUGUGGCCACUGGUCACACAUUUCCCAUGUUUGCGGUCUGCACAGCCAAACCAUGCUCAGCAUUCAGGGAUGCUUUUUGAAUACGCUAAUGUAAAGAUGCAUGUGUAAAAACGCUUUGAUGUCUCUGAAACCACAUAUACCCACUACUAUACAGACUGUAUACGUGCUGCCAUACGGGCGGUCAGUGUUUGUCUGUUCCUUCAUGCAUGUUUCUGCACAUUACAGUUGAAGACUUGCAAAGGUGUGUGUUUUUUCUAAAGGGGCUGACUUGGCUGUGGUUGUUGGUGCAUUGUGCUUUGCCAUACUUACGCUUCAGUUAUCACUGGAAACAGGCAUGGAGGUCACUCACCCCCCACACACACUGAAAGCCACUGUAGCGGCUCCCUCCCUUCCUCCCUCCCUCCUCUGCAGAGACCUUGAGUUUUGUGUUUUCAACCCACUGCUUUGAUGACACGUGAACUGUGCUGCAGGUGGGGAGGACUGUAUUUGUGACACAAUCAAGGCACGGCGAUGGCAUGAACUCGGGAUGAUCCCUAUGGAGAACAUGGCUGAAAGUAGGAGUCUGUAUGCAUUUGCUGGACUGUACACAUUGAAGUCAUUUAGGAUGCUGGAUAUUUCUGCCCUGUAAUGCUGCUCUCAGAGGUGAUUGAUGCCAUUCCUGGCAGCACAGUGAAAAGGGGGGGAGGGAUUGAUAAGAGAGAUUGCGGGAACAGGAACAGCAUGACAUACUGCUCUCCUUUUUCUUUGUACCUCACCCUCUUUUAUUCUGAGACCAAGCCCCAAGUACUUGCCUCCCCAGGCAGCCUCUGGAGCCCCCCUCUCUUCAAAGCACAAACCCCAACUCAGUAUUCCUGUCUCACCCACAAAUGCAACACAUAACCUUUGUCCAACCACGAGCCAACCCCCCGAGAAUAUAUUAAAUAAAGAAAAGGGCUGCAGCCAUUGCAGCGCUCCCCUUUCACUCCCCCUUGAAGCCUCACCCUAUGUCUGUUUUUCUCAGGAGUCUUUCCUGUGUACAGACUGUAUAUCUACACAUAUAUUUCCAUUCAUCCGUGGAAAAGAAGAGUGCAGGAGGCAGAGCUCUGAGAUCAAUAUAGCUUUAAACCUUGCCAAGAGCUAAAAAGGUCCUCUGCUUCCCUCCUCAUCAACAGCCCUCCAUUAUUUUCCACCCUGUUCUGUGCCAGGACAUGGCUGGAAAGGCAUGAUAGAUUUAAGGCUGCACCCCUUCUGUUUGGAGGCACAGGCGUCUGUUAGUCAUACAGGACUCCCGCCGUCAUUCCUCUCUUUUCUCAUGUUUCUGUCACUCUCUUCCUGCUUGCUUUCACGCUCUAUUUCAUCCCAUCCACUUCUGCUCUUUUUUCUGUGCUUUCUAUCUCAUCUUCAUUCACUCUUCUCCUAUGUUCCAAUCACCACUUCGUUGCCUAUAAUUGACGAUCGGUAUAUGCACACACGAUAGAAACAGCAGGCUUUAUUUGAGGAAGUAUGUGUGUUUCAAGUUUUGAGAGCCAAGCUUCUUCACUUUGUGCCCUUGACUCUGUCCUUGUCCAAAACCGAAACAUAACGCAGCAGAGCAGCCAUGAAUAUUCCCUGUCUGUCUGUAUCAGGUUGUUCUGCCUCUACCACCAGGCCAAGGUUGCAGAAUCACUCCAUUAUCCUUGGAAAGGCUUCUGAUGAGUGCAAGGCUUCUUGUCAGCAGGUGACUGUCUUCAAGGUUUAUUCCAUCUCCAGGGCAGGAGGUUAAAGUGACUAUUUGUAUUUAAUAGUACACUCAGUCACCGGGAGGGGGGCGUUCGGUUGCUUUCAGGUGCAUAGUUUGACGUGCUUGUUGCGACAGGCUGCAUCAUGCAUCAACAUGCAUCGACUCCCUCACAAACGAAGACUUCUCAUUUCGAUUUCUCGGUCAAGCGUUUUCUCUCCUGUGUUGCCGUGACCAUCACAGGUUGCAGAUGCAAAUCGCUGCAGCCUCGUCCUUGAGAAUUAACCUUCAUCUCCUCUGAUAAGAUUGUGACACAUUUCCAUCAGCAGUGGAGGCUCAGGAGAGGAAACAGCAGGCACGAACAGUCAGGGUCCCGCUCCCUCUGUCUCUGUCAGUCAUAACCUGUGUCUCUCUUGCACGCCCAGCCUCACUCUCUCUUUAUUAUUGAUGACCAGUGGGCCUUGAGACCAGGCAAGUGCUGGGCCCCACCCGCUACUCUUGCUCUGAGCUGUACAAACACACACACAGACACAUUUAACAACACACACACACUCAUUUAGUAGCUACGUCAUGAACAUCCUGAUAUGCAGUACUAUGUCAUGCUGACCUUGGGAGGUUUGUGUGUGUCUGUUUAUGUUUGUGUACAUAAUGCAAACCAAGGCUGUGUUUAUGAGUAAAGUCUAGAAGAUGGUUUUGUCAUGUUGAGUAUUUUUAUGUCUUUCUUUUCCCCCCUUUUUAUUGAUUUCAGUUUCUCUCUGUGGCCUCAGAGUUCUGCUGUGUCAUUGUUAAAGGAUACGAACUAGAAGACACUCUAAAUAAUAAAGCAACACCUGAAGUUUCCCUGAAGCCGUUAAAUACUUUUUUAAUGUAGAAGCAGUUUGAACAACCGGUGCAAGGCAUCCUCGUGCACAAUAGAGAGAGGUAUUACCGAGAAAACAACAGAGAGAACGAGGCUCGUGUAAGCCCUUUUGAAUUUGAACGGGACUUUCUGAUAAGACGCUCAGUUUUGCAAAGUCAUGCUUUGGAAAAUCGCUGUGAGAUUCAGAAAAACGACACAACUGUCUUUGAGAAAAGUCUGUCUCCAUGGCAGUCCCUUCAGCAGCUUUUCAUGCCCUGCACUCUCAGUCUGAAAGCACAGAUUUUCUAUUGAGUCUGAAAGGUGAACUUUUUUGUCUUCUAAAAACUUCACUCCUAAAAUUGCUUUGAUGAAAACGUAGGGUUACAUUUGGUUCACAUAGAAGUCAAGGCCGUUUUUUUACUUAACCUUUCAUUUCUGUCAGGAUCCACUGUAUCGCAGUUUGACAUAAUUUUGGUAAUUUUGCUGAAAUAGUUCCGAGUUAAUACCUGAUUAGGGAAACCCAUGGAUAAUCUCCUACUUUGUGUUGGCUUGGCAGGUUUAUUGAAAAGUGGAGAAGGCUACACAUUGUAAUAAAUGCUUUGCCGCAUAAUACUUACAGCUGGAGAUUUGUUGUCAGAAAUCUAAUGAACAAAACAACAUUCUUAUGGUCUGAUUUUUUUUUUACAACUCUGUGCCAUAGCUUUACAAAAAGUCUUUUAAAUGAUUUCUGACACUUCAAAUGGCCUUCACACUGCACCUAACAAUGAACAUGUACAAAGUAGACUAUUGUAAAAGAGCUCUGCACAUUGUUGCACAGACAUUCCUGAAUGUGCACAAAGUUGCAGAUCUCUGUAGAAAGUUCUUUGCUGGUUUGAUAAGCUGUGUGAAAUAAAAGACAUUGCUUACAAAAUAUGGAUUUUUUUUUUUUUUUUGGUGGGUUUAUGUGUGUGUGUGUGUGGCCAAAUCCCAAUCUCCAACCCCACAAAAUCUGAGGCCAAUUCCUGCGUACUUUGUGAGGACUCAUGGCGGUACCGCUACCAUUAGGUGCAUAAAGGCUGUGCAGCUUACUUCCAAAUGUCAAACUGUGACUUUUUUCAUAGAGCUCCAUGUGGGACUGGCUCCGGGUUCAUAGUAAAAUCAUGACAUAUAAAAUAUGAUCAUCAUGCCUGUUGCUCUGUGCACAAAACUCAUUGUAAAGCAUAAGAAGGAAGUGUGCAGCUUACAGUCAAUCUGUGAAUCAGGACAUCUGUGUACCUUCUGCUGUUGUAUGUUGAGUUCGAUUCCAUCAGCCAGAUGCCCAAAAGGAUUUACAUAUGAUAUCACAAACACUAAUACACUCGGGUGGUGGGGCUGUCUUUUUUUGGAUUUAUGCACUGAUUACAAGCAAUUUAAGAUUUUACAGUAAUGUGCUGUAUUCCUUCAUUUUGAAAGCCCCUGCUUUCACACACACACACGUGCCUUCACACACUGCAUAUCUUUUGUAAAAAAUUAUUUGUUUGGGUUUGGGCCUGGGAUCAAGACUCCAAAUUUAAAGGGAUAUUCAGGUGUAAAAUUAAGUUAGGGUCAAACACAUCGUAACACCGAGUUAGACACCCCCUCGAGAGAUGAAUGUUGCCGAUUGUUUGCUUCUCUAGUUAUACCAACUUAAGUAAUGCCGGCAUGAUAGAAAUACACAGCGGUCUACGUCACCACGUGCAAACCUCAAUCAAAAAGCCACUCUAUAGCCUUAAAUAAUGCUCAGAAUAACACCUAACUUCAUCAACAGUACAUUUAGAGUCCCGACACGUAGUACUAGCCACCAAAAAUCUUUUUAUAUUUGCCUAAUUUCUUCAGCAAAGAGACCAAACACAACUCACCUACUCUCCUCCAGCAGCCGCUUGUUUGUAGGGAGACCUGAGGCGAGUCCAUCACUGAGUGCAGCGGGCUGACGCAGCUCAAGGAAGAACAUUUAUGAUCAUAAUUUUACGCCUGAAUAUCCCUUUAAGAGAAAACUGACUCCAUUUAGUCACAGCCUCAAUGUAAGACAGUGAACCCCAAAACAGGCUGUGUCUUACACACUCGGGUGACUUGUAUUCAGGAUUUCAUGGUAAUUUUGCAGCCUGAGGUUUAGCGACAGAUACAGAAGUAUUACCAUGAUAUAAGUCUGUCCACUCGCACAAAUUCUAUGUGAGGUAGAAGUAAAGGAAGUUGAUGUCUUGUGUGCAACUCUUUAUAAUUCGGCGUUAAUUCCCUGUCAUUGCAGGAGCAUGACAUUGAGACUCCCCAUGGCGUUCUCCAUGUGACCAUGCGAGGUGUUCCCAAGGGCAACAGGCCUGUCAUCCUCACCUAUCAUGACAUCGGUCUCAACCGUGAGUCAGCCAAAACAAAAUUAAAAAACAUUUCACCAAGUCCUGCACCUGACUGUCGCACUCACAUUUUGUGUGUGUGUCCUCUGCACCCUUCUAGAUAAGUCAUGCUUCAACACCCUCUUCAACUAUGAGGACAUGCAGGAAAUCACGCAACAUUUUGCUGUGGUUCAUGUAGACGCGCCCGGCCAGCAGGAGGGUGCACCCCCCUUCCCCAGCAGGUGGGUACCAUACUGGUUUAACACACUCAGAUAAAUUAAAACACUCUUGAAUCAUUCAGUGCUGAUGGAGUAUAUUUGUUUCUGUGGACCGAGAAGUGAGUUAGUCAUUCGUUUGCUAAUGGAACCCUGCAAAUGAAAAUAAGAUAUUCUGCAACUCAUUCAUCAAAAAAUGUCUGUGUAUGUGGAGUCUACGCUGUGUCCCUUCAGUCAUAAGUAAUGCCUCUGCAUAGCAUAUGUGUACUCACAUGUAUACAUCCUUUUCCAGCUACCGUUACCCCACCAUGGAUGAGUUAGCUGAAAUGCUGCCCUCUGUGAUGACUCAGCUCAAGUGAGUGGCCCUCUUGUCGAUAGCUGUUCAAUGUUACUAUACAUAAAUAGAUUGUUUGUCUUCAGGCCUGCUGUAACCGAUGGUGUCUUUUUCAGGGUCAACAGUGUGAUUGGGAUUGGUGUUGGAGCAGGAGCGUACAUCCUUUCCCGCUUUGCAGUAAGUCCUUGUCAACAAGACCCCAAACAUUUCCACCCCCUAGCCCUCACCCCCCCACAGUUAAUCUCAUCCAGUUUCCUUUCUCUCCUCUCUGUCUCGCCGGUUGUGAUAGCAGCUUUUCAGGCCUCACAGUUUGUUACAUUGGCCAUUAAAACCUCCCAUCAAGCCCACACAGGGCACCAGCUUUCUCCACAGUCUGCUGCAUAUAAGCCGCCGCCGUUCCCCAGAUGAUGAUGAAUCACCCCGGUGAUUCUCUUCUUUGCAGUUGCUUUUUGUCUUGUUUGAACACUCAGGGAAGCUAAAAAUAAGGCUGUGUACAGUAGAGCAGAAAGAGUUAGAAGUGACAGAGAGCGAGGAAGCACUGAAAAAUGAAUAAUGAAGGGGAAGAUGGUGGUCAGGAGCAAAAACGAAAUAUGGUGGGGUGAGAGCCUGUGAUGCAAGGCUCUCUGCAGAAAGGCUGCUCCCGUUUGGAAUUAAUGAAGAAAAUUGAUUCGGAGACGCUUUUGCUCGAACGGUCUUGGAGUAAAUUGUGUUUACUCUCGAUAGAUUUAUAGCAGCUGUUGCUGCAUUGCAUUUGCAUCAUGUUGAAAGCAGCAUCCGCUUUACUCCCAGCGUCUAGAGUGAGAUGGAUCUUAGAUUUCCCCAGACAUCCUCUCUGUCUACGGGCAAUUCCAAAACCGCACCCCUUCAUUUAGACGCCCAAAAUUUCAUCUUCUUUGUUUCAUAUCUGUCAAAUACACAGCAUGAGGUUGUUUAAACAAGAAGUAAAUCAAAAUUAGAUAAACAACCACAUAUUUUGCACUGUAAAUAUGUAUGCAUGAUAAAGAUUCUUGGAGCUGUCUGGAUCAACCGAUCGUGUUCAGACUAAACCCACCUUGGGGUUUGAUAACUGUAGACUCAAAGCACAGAUAACACCAUCAUAACACUAUCUUAUUCUUAUGUCUUAAUCCAAAGUUAUAUUGUGCAGUAGACAUGACUUUCUUCUCUUCUUUCCCAGCUGAACAACCCCACCCUGGUUGAGGGACUGGUUCUGAUCAAUGUCGACCCAUGCGCUGAAGGAUGGAUCGACUGGGCAGCUUCAAAGGUCUGUAUACAUUCUUGAACGCUGCGCUUCUGCUUCAACUAUUUGCAUCUGUCAUUUGACUUCAGUCUAUUAAGGUUGUUACGAAGAGUGUUACAUUCAUGGCACCUGUCUUAGCUCAGAGUUUCAUGAUAACUUCAUCUAAUUUUGAUUGGCCUCAUAACAGUUACCUCUUUUUAAAUUAUACAUGCUGAUACCAAGCCUUUUCUUAAACUCCAAUAUACUUGUAUAAAAUGAAUAAUUCAUCAGGCACAGUCUUAAUCCUUUGUUAAUUUGGUCAGACUGUCAGCUUUUGUGUUGAGGUCACUUUAAGUUAAUUAAAGCAGCCCCCGGUUUGAGCGGACCCAACAGCAGUUCCAGUUUUUAAGGAUUAGUUUUCUUCUGAGUGGAAUAUUUGACCUCAGAGUACAGGACAUGAUGUGCCAAAAUUCUGAGAUGUCUUACUCUACUCUGCAUAGUACAUUUUAUGAGGUCUUUACAAAAUUGUUGCUCUGUCAGUGCCGCACACAGCUGAAAACAAACAGGUACUUUUUAAUGGAUCAAGAUGACUACAGUAUGACUACAGUAUGUUGUAAAAAGACUCAACCGGUCAAAAUCGUUUCCAUAAAGACUUAAAAAGAGGAGAAAUGUCUCAUCUUUGUAGCCUCACAUGACUCUGACAGUAGUGAUACAGGCAGGGAAACAGCAGCAGAGGUGUAGUUAACGCAGAGCUGAAUCAGUCAGGGAAGGUUGCGCUUGUAUAGGUUCAUAUCAUUACCAGAUCACCGAGUCACUAGAUCUCUCACAGUUUUUGAAAUCCAGUCAUCUUUGUUUUUUUGUGUUUUUUUUUAAUGUUUGAUUCCUUUUAUGUGUCAAAACCCAAAUUACGAUAUCUGUCAGUACUCUACAUGGAGGAAUAGGCUUAGCUGUGCAACAUGAACCCAGUGUUCCUGAGAAAAUAAGAUUCAGCUCUGGUCUCUAUCUUAACUGCAAAUCUGGAUCUCUCCCCCUCCCCCCACACCCCCUCUUGUGUGCAGCUGUCUGGAUGGACCAGUAAUUUGGUGGAUAUCGUCAUGGCUCAUCACUUCAGCACUGUGAGUUCCACUUGCAUUACAGUGUCUCUUUUUUUCUUGGUGUCGUUAACCUUUUUCAUUGACAGCGUGAAACUGUUUCUGAACCUCAAGCAGCUUUUCUUAAUUUCCCUCGACAGUUUUACUUAAUCUCAUUCUGAUGGCAGACACUCGCUUAUUAAUCCUUUCAUGUCCUUCUGAGAUGGGCAGACAGUGACAUCAAAUAACAGAUACACAAUGCAAACACAUAUAAGUCCCAUAGCUUAUCUAGAUGAUGGGUAUUUUUAAAUGCACCUCUAACAGACACUGUAUACUGGAUGAACUUCUUAUUUCUUUAUGGAAAGCCACUUUGAAGCAGCAUGGACAGAUCAGAGUGGGUAAGUUGUGGUUUUUGUUUAAUUUUUCUCUGCUGUGUUCAUCAGGAUGAGCUGACAGAGAACCAGGAGCUGAUCCAGACCUACCGCCUCCACAUCGCACAAGAUAUCAAUCAGGACAACCUGGCCCUUUUCUGUGGCUCCUAUCAAUAGUAUGAUGCACCACAUUGGUCUACCCUGUUUAUCUUCUAUUGCAUUAAACCAGAUCUGACAGUAACGCAUCAAAACAUCAAUUUUAUAAAUGAAAUAGCUCCAGCUCUUCUGGCUAAUCACAAUUUGUCUCCGUGUUCCAGCCGUCGGGACCUGGAGAUUGAGAGGCCAAUCGUGGGUCUGAACGAGGACACGGUUAACACACUAACGUAGGUUUUGGGAUGAAUUGUACACAAACAGCAAUCCUUUCUGAGCACACGGUUUUAUAAAUACUCCCCCCUGAUCUUUCCAGGUGCCCUGCAUUACUGGUUGUUGGUGACACAGCACCUGCUGUGGAGGCUGUGGUGAGUUACACUCUUUCAUCUCAGUCAGCGGAGCAGCUUUUGGAGGAACAUGUUGUUAUUUUCUUUCUUGGCUUAGAAGUAAACUGCUAUUGAUGUUUCAGGUGGAGUGCAACUCCAGGUUAAACCCAACCAAGACGACACUGCUCAAGGUGGAGCUUUUUACACAACAUACCUAGUAAACAAAUAUACAAUAUUUACAUAUAUACAUAGUUUUAUUGUACAUAUGGUUUUUAACAAGACUGCUGAUUUUCUCAGAUGGCUGAUUGUGGAGGUUUGCCCCAAGUUGUGCAGGUGUGUGUUUUUUGGUGUUUAUACACAGAUAUCUCUCAUCUUAUGUCUUUGUCAGUGUUAUCUGACUUUUACCCUUCAUCUGUUUACAGCCAGGAAAACUUGCUGAGGCCUUCAAGUACUUUGUUCAGGGAAUGGGCUACAGUAAGUAAUCAUUCUCACGCUCUGUGCUUCUAGUAAUAGAGUGAGUAAAAACCACUAAAAUGACUAAAAAUGAUACUGGUUUCAGCUAGCUUUUUUAUUUAACUGAACGUCUAAAACCUAUUCACACCUUUUUAGGACUGACGUGUUUGUGGUCAAGGUUUGAGUUUCCUGUUUACGCCAAUCUAUUGCCAGAGGUUACUGAAAAACAGAUUGUUUUCAUGGUUGACUCCUGUGAGCUUUUCAGUUAACACCCUGCUGAUGGGGUUUGGACUGCAGCCAGCAAGCAUACAUGUUUUUUUUUGUCAGCCUGGUCACAGAGAUGCAGCCUGAGCUGCUCAGUAGAUGCUAACGCCAUUUCCUCUCUGCUCUUGCAGUGUGUGGCCCCCACAACCCUCAGUAGGUGAGGUGUUAGUGCUUCUAGCAUGACCAAAAUGACAGUAACACUGAACAGCAACUUACUUCCUGUUCAGUUACAGAGUGGGUGUGAAAAUGCCCUGUCCUUUGUGCCUGGUGUGCUUUUCUUUUUCGAUCCAGAUCUGUUUAAAGAUGCAGUCUCCUUCUCGAGACACUUCAAGUGCAUACUUAAACAGGCCUUCAGGUUUUCACAGUCAUUCAUCAAUAAAGAAAAAACUAAAGAGCAUUUCUUUUAGACCGAAGUGUGACGCACCAACCAGACCCUAGUCACUGGAUGGAUGAAGUCGUAAAUCUAGGUUUGCUUGCUCUAGCCAUACCAGUGAUGGCUGUCUUUGUGUUUCUUUUUCUUGUUUUUUUUUGUAAUGUUGUUUCUCUUUUGCUCCGUCCCGCACCCAAACCCUGCACCGUAGGAGGCUCUCUUGGGUGCGGCUAGUGUGUCAGUGCCUCAGUGUUGCUUUAAAGGCCACCAAGUCCCCCUGUUGAGUAAAUGCCACUGCAGGAUUAGAACAGAUUAAAAAGAGUGCAUUCACACAGAGCAAGUGUUGAAAAUUAAUCUCAACACCUCAGCAUGUUUCCGAAAGCUGCUUUUCCUUAUUAACACAUUGCCACAGAGAGAAAAUGCAAACCGCAAAGAGCCGAAAAGCACAGGAAGUAAAGAUUGUCGUUUGCACACGUGCUAUGAUUUCUCGGUCACUUUCUUCACUGACCAGCAAGUUGUAACAGAGUUUCUCUUUGAACCAGAAAUGCAACAAGGUGGGGUAAAGCAACAUAAAGAGCUCCCUUUUUCAACACUUUGCCUUUCUCCCUCUUUCUUUCCUUCUUUAAUCACGGCUUACAGUCCCCUACGUUCUUCUCAGUCACCUGAGCAACGAAUCAGGUACCAGGUUUUUGAGCGGCUUUCGACAGAAGGCUUUGAACCCCGACUGGCCUCUUGAAACUCCACAGUGGAUAAAUGUCAGUGUAUGCAGAUUCACAGAGAGCGCACUGUUUAGUGAUGGCAUUCAACAGCAGCUGAGAGUGGUUGAUACAGCCUCUAUUAUACACAGUGAGAUUCUGCAUACUCUGACACGUUAUUCUUCACAGAGGAGUUGAGCUUAUUAGCAUGCGUCCUGUCCUGAGUGUCUUAUUAUUUUGCAUGACCUACUGCUGUUGCUUCCUGUCAAUGCAGUUGGAUUGCAAAUGCUGUAUCUUCCUUUUGUAUUCAUAUUUUUUAUUCUUAUGCACUAAUUUUCUUUAAUGCAUUUGCUUCACCUGAUUGGUCCCAGUGAUUAAGUAUUGCUUGCACAGUAAGCAUUUUUCUUGUUGUUGUUGUCUGAGUGUUCCCACUCUGCACUGUGUCCUGUGUGAGUGGAAUAUUAAUGCCUGUUCCUCUUCCUCAGUGCCGUCAGCAGGAAUGACUCGUCUGGCUCGCUCACGCACCACCUCCUCUUCCAGCAUCACCUCGAUGGACAGCAGUCGCAGCCGCAACAACCUCAACAGCCUGCUGGAGGGCAGCGCCACUGGGGCCCUGGACAGCCAGACUGGACCCCAGACCAUGGAGGUCUCCUGCUAAACCCCAUCCCCACCCUAUCUGUAUGCACAAUCCCAUAGUAACUUAUGUACCAUCUCCUUCCCUCCUUCUCUCCCUCUGUUUCUGUCUCUCACACCCCCUUCUCUCUUUCUCUCUCUCUCUCUUUGUCUCUGUCUCUCUCUUUCACUCUCUCUCUCUCUCUCUACCUUUCACUCUCACACAUUCUGCUUCUGAGCAGACCAAUGCCAGGAGGAUCUGUAAUGAACUAUGAGAUUAGAAAAGAGGAUGUAAUAAAUAUAUUAACAGAUGCAUAUUAUGAAAUAUAAAGUACUGAAUACACUGUCACAGUCACAUUCCUACCAGAGACCAUAACUACAUUUAGACAUAUUGUAUAUUAAGAUGGUCUAACCAUUCAAUUCGCUCAGCUGGUCCACCUCAUCCCCUUGUAUUUAUUUUUUUUCACAAUAUCUUUGUUUUAAGUGUCUUCACAAACUUUGCCAUUGUGUUUUUUUUUUCAACUUGUCUAUCGUGUAGCGUUGAUUGUGAGUCAUUGUAUCUUUGUUUUAAACACUAUGAUGCUGCAAAGAGAUACUGAAUCAGUCAUGAAGUAUACAGAGGGAUCAGUGAACCUACUGUAGCUGCAGAGAUGAAGGUAAAAUGAUGUGUGUCUGAUGGAUGGAAGAAGAAUUGUUGCUGCAUGAGAGCAUCGACAUAAAAAAAGAACAAAAAACCAUAGUGAAGGUAGUCAUGUUUAAGUGUAUCCUUACAUAUUUUGGACUCUUUUUGAGCUCAUUUCCUUCUCUUUGUGUUGUUGUUUUUGUUCACUUGAAUAGAUUCUACAUUUUUGUUUUAACAACUUUUAACAAGAGGGACCUGAUGUGAAAAGUAGGAGUCCCUUCAGUGAGGGGCCCACCGGUGCUUCUCACAGUCUGCUGAUUCAACUCAUUUAUAUUACUACUGAAUAAAGCUUCAACAUGACAACACGCCUGAUCUUUU